AUGUCCAACGGCUACGCUUCUGCAGACCAGCUCGAAAAGCACGGCUCGCCUGCGCAGCGGCCCUCGAGCCACCAGCGCAACCACACGGUGGGCGGCCAUAUCGAUGACCGUUCGCAGCCUGCUCUGCCGGUGGUUCAUCGCACCUUUGCCAGUCCAUCUCCGUUGGGCCUGCUCUCUUUCGCAACCAGUAUCUUUCUCAUCGCCGCGUAUGGCCUCCACGCCCGCGAUGUCCAAACACCCAAUGUUCUCAUCGGAGUCCUGAUCUUCUUCGGUGGUGUUGCCCAGUUCGUUGCUGGAGUCAUGGAAUUCAUCACUGGAAAUACGUUCGGUGCAACCGUCUUCCCCUCCUAUGCCGCCUUCAACUUCUCCUACGCGAUGAUCUAUCUCCCCGGCACCGGAAUCAUGGCUUCAUACACGGACAAAACCACCGGCGCCAUCAGCUCCGAAUUCAACGAAGCGUUGGCCAUUUACGUCCUCGCCUGGUUCAUUCUGAGCGUGCUUUUCACCGUCGCCGCUGUCCGCUCAUCGUGGAUUUUGUUCACCGACUUCUUGGCGCUGGAUAUCUGCUUGAUCCUGCUGGCUGCGGGUUACAUGACUGGCAAUAGCUCCGUGAUGACCGCUGCGUACUCUUUUGCUAUGAUUGUGGCUUUCUUGACUUACUGGGCUGGCUGUGCUGGCUUGUGGAAUGGAGUUACUCCUAUUAACCUGCCUACCUUUGAUAUGUACAAGGAGGAGUAA